AUGCUCAUCGACAAAAGCGUUCUACGCCAUGUGAAACGAAUUUUCGGCGAAAGCAGCUUUACGCGGUAUAAUUGGAUGGGCUGGGAACUGCACGAUCGGUACUACUCGCAUCAUGAGCUCGGCGAUGCCUUUAUGCUGGUUACACCGGUUCGGAAUUGGCUGUAUAUUGGACAUCCGGAUAUCGUGAUGGAGAUUGUUCGUAGGAGGGAUGAUUUCCCGAGAUGUGUUGAGCUUACGCAGGUUCUGGAUGUUUUUGGUCCGAAUGUUAGCAGUGUUGAAGGCCGGCAAUGGGUACAGCAGCGGAAAAUAAUGGCCUCCUGCUUCAACGAACGAUACAACGAGGUCGUCUGGUCCGAAAGCAUAUCUCAAGCUACCGAUAUGAUUCGGUACUGGUCAUCACGUCCAUCAGUUCGAAGUACAGCGGACGACCUGCGUUCCUUGUCACUGGGCGUGCUUUCCAAAGCCGGUUUUGGCAAGUCCUUUAAAUUCGAGGGCUAUGAUGAAACCUCGCAUGCUGACCCUGCCGCCAGCUACAAGGAUUCUCUACAGCUGAUAUUGAAAAAUUGUAUCCUUCUUAUGGCCAUGGGACCAAAAUUUUUCACCGAUACGCCCUGGCUACCGUUUAAAUGGCGACAGCUCGGCGAGGCGGUCAAGGCAUUUCAAAAGUCCAUGACAGACAUGUACGAGUCAGAGAAACGCAGUAUCGCAGAAGGUAAAUUGGAUGCCGAUAAUAAUACUCGCCGCACGUUCUUAUCGUCGCUUGCCAAAGCAUCACUUGGUGCCAAAGAGGGCGAGGGUCUCACCGAGCGAGAAAUCUACGGCAAUAUCUUCGUCAUAAACUUUGCUGGCCACGACACUUCCUCUCACGUUUUCACGUUUGCCGUGUAUUAUCUGGCCUCGAACCCGGACGUGCAGGAUUGGCUGUCGGAGGAACUCUGGCAUGUGUUGGGCGACAGGCCACCACACGAAUGGAACUAUACAACGGAUUUUCCCCGGCUCAAGCGUUGUUUGGCCGUCAUGUACGAGUGUAUGCGACUGUUUACCCCUGCCCCAGUCACCAAGUGGACGCAUGACAAAGCGCAGUCACUCGAUAUCGGGGACAAGACGCUGUUCCUUCCGCCAAACACCAUGAUAUGUCUGGCUUAUUCCUCGCUGCAGACUGAUCCCAGAUGGUGGGGGGCUGACUCGCUUACCUGGCGGCCCUCUCGCUUUAUAAAAAAGGCCGACUCGUCAAUUCCCCAGGGAGAAAAGGCAGAGUUGGAUACAGAACAGUUCGCCCAGCCCAGACGUGGCAGCUUUAUUGGCUGGUCGGAGGGAACCCGCGACUGUCCCGGCAGAAAGUUUUCGCAGGUCGAGUUUGUGGCUACUAUAGCAUCAAUCUUUCGCGAUUGGCGCGUGAAUCCGGCUGUUUUUGAUGGGGAGACGAUUGAGGGGGCUCGCAAGAGGGUUCUUGACCUUAUUGAGAAAGAAUCUGCAAUGGUUUUGUUGAUUCAGAUGGUGCACCCGGAAAAGGCGCCUUUGGUCUGGUCGAAGAGGGAAGUGUAA